AUGGACAGUCCCUCAGUGUCAAGCCCGAUCCUGAAAGCUGUGGCUGCAUCCUCAGAUCGUGGAGGUCUCUCCCUGGCAGCCCUGAUGAAAGCUUUGAAGGCUGGAGGAUAUGACGUGGUGAAGAACAAUGCCAGAAUCCUUGUCCCCAUCAAAUGCUUGUUGACCAAAAAGUCUCUGGUCCAAACCAAAGGCAGCAGUGCUUCUGGCUCCUUCAAGUUGAACAAGAAGCCUCCCAAACCCCGCAAGAAGAAGGUGGUGAAAAAGAAGAAGCCAACAGCCAAAAAGGUCAAGAAGGCUGCUGCGGCCAAGAAGCCAAAGAGUCCUAAGAAGAGUCCUAAAAAGAGUCCUAAGAAGAGUCCCAAAAAGAGUCCUAAGAAGGCCAAACGGGCCACCAGGACCAGAGCUGCUGCUGCUGCUGCUGCCAAGAAGUGAAAACUCUCCUAAUGAACACAGAGUGCUGAACAAACGCAUUUUCUGGAGCAUUUAACUUGUUUUUUUUGGACUACACUUCUACAGUCAUUCCAAGAACUUAAGUAUGCUUUAUCUAUUUUACAGUUUUUCCAAAAAAAUCUGAAUCUGUUGUUUCCCACAUCU